CGAGCUUGUGCACCGUCCAAGGGCCCCGUCGCGCGCCAUCUGGUUCGGAGAUUCCGUGUUUGCCGACUCAGGGGACUUCAGAUCUCAAUACUCGGCAUGCUAGCACUCACGCCCGAUUCCGGCUGCGACGUCUGCUUCGAGAACUAUACGACCGAAUCUCUUCCACAUAUAUUACCAUGCGGACACAUCCUUUGCGGAUCGUGCACCUGCAAGAUCCUGGCGGAGGCUGCGAAGUCGGGCGAACGAGCCGGAUGUUGUCCGUUCUGUCGCGACAAGUUCGACAGAGAGCAACUGCGCAAGAUGCUCGUCGACUUCGAUGACAAGAAUGACCAGGCGGGCUGGAGCGAGUCGUCAAUGGUGUUCCCGUCUGCCGUCGGCCCAGUGGGGCCACUCGGAGUGGGGGAGCUACACAACGCGCACUGCGAUCGUUGUGGGCGUCCAAUCGUUGGAGCACGAUAUAAAUGCAUCGACUGUCCAGACUGGGAUAGCUGCCACGAAUGCUUUCCUGGAGUCUAUGGCAUUCACCCGCACAAGUUCGUCCGCGUCCGGGAGGCCGCCGAUUACAUCCGCCCACCUGCCGGCCCCGCGCGUCCCCCCGUACAUGAAGCCACGUGUGACAAAUGCCUCAACAAAGUCGUUGGCGUUCGGUACAAGUGCACCCACCCGAACUGCCCGGAUUUCGACCUCUGCGAGAACUGCGAAGCGCUUCCCGACGUGCACCCCACCACGCACGUCAUGUACAAGAUAAGGAGCGCGCGGGUGGCCACGGCCCCGCGCCCCGGCACGUCUAUCUUCUGUGAUCGUUGCGAGAACGUGAUCCUGGGCGUGCGCUGGAAGUGCAUGCACCCGGCUUGCCCCGAUUUUGACCUGUGCGAGAUUUGUCGCCUGCGGCCUAUACCAAAUCAUCCAGCGAACCAUCCCUUGGCUCAAUACAGAACGAACCCGAUCAGACGAACCGUUUGAUUCUAAAAUUUCCGUUACUCAGAUCUGUCACUGCUGCUACCAAGUUGUCUUCUAUCUUCGUACCUCAUCCCUACUACCAGGCGCACAAACAAUCACAGAAAUGCACAGAUCACAUUGCCUCUGUACUACUUAUUAGACAUAUCGCUGCAGUGUAAUAUAGUUGGGUGUGUUAUCU